CUAAUAAGCAGCCCACACGUAAUUAAAUGCAUUUGAUUACCUCACCGGCUUUGACAAAUGAAAACAUAACUCCCCACUUUAUAAAACCCCUCUUCUCUUCUUCCUCCUCCCCUCAAAUCAACCCCUCCGAUCACAUCCUUCUCCUUCCGCCAUGGUUUCCGGCGAAAACGAACAGAGCCUCGUCCACAGCUUCAGAAUCUCCUCCGUCGGUCCCGGCCAAACACUCGGAUGCGACAGCUCCUAUCACCUGACCGGCCUCGAUUUGGCCAUGAAACUCCAUUACAUCAACGGAAUCUACUUCUUCGACUCGGAGGCCAGCCAGAGGGUGACACUGCCGCAGAUUAAGGCCGCCACGUUCGUUAUAUUCAACGACUACAACUUCACCUGCGGUCGGCUCCGGCGAGAGGAUUCGGGCCGGCCAUUCAUAAAAUGUAACGACUGUGGCGCAAGGUUUGUUGAGGCAGAGUGUGAUAGUACAGUGUCGGAAUGGCUGGAGAUGAUAGGGGACGAUUGGUCGUCCAUGAAAUUGCUGGUUUCGCAGAAGGUCAUCGGACCUGAAUUGCACUUUUCUCCUCCCAUUUAUAUGCAGGUAACGAGAUUCAAAUGCAAAGGAAUGUCCAUUGGGCUGACCUGGGCCCACGUCCUCAGUGACGCCUUCUCCCCCGCCGCUUUCAUGAACUCCCUCACCAAUAUGCUCUUCGGCGCCCCCACCGCCCUUACAUCCCCCCCACUACCUUCCCUCGCCACCAUCACAACCACCCCACCGCCCAAACCUCCAGUCUCCGCCUCCGCCAAGCCCCCACUUUCCCUCCGUCGAGUCGACCCGGUCGGCGACCACUGGAUCCCCACCAACAAGUACAAAAUGGAAUCAUUUUCCUUCAAAUUAAACCCAACCCAAUUGGCCAAUUUACAAACCCAAAUGCCCCACCAAACCCCACCUUUCGAAUCCAUCUCCGCCGUUCUCUGGCAUUCUAUAGCCAAGCUCCGGCGAGGCUCCGAACCCACGACGGUAACUCUCUGUAAACUUGAUUCAGUUAAACAACAGGGGAAAGUAAUUGGGAACACCCAGAAGGUCUCUACAGUUAGAUCUUCCGCGGCCGCUGUCUCCGACGUCGACCAGAGGGAUCUGGCGGCUCUGUUGGUAGAUAGCGCGGCGAAGGACGAAGGGGAGCUCAUUGAAGAGGCUGUGGACAGGGACGAUGGAGUGAGUGAUUUUAUUGUUUACGGGGCGAAUUUGACAUUUGUGAAAUGGGAUGAAGCCAAUUUGUACGGAGAUGGGAUCAUGGAAUUGGAUCAUGAGAAACCCAAAUUUGUGUACUACACCUUGCACGGCGUGGGAGACGGUGGAGCAGUGGUGGUCAUUCCUGGGCCAGUAGACGAUGGGAUCAGUGGCCGGGACGACCGCGGGAGGUUUGUGACUGUGAUUCUGCCGGAAAAUGAAGUGGUGGGGCUGAAAGCUGAGUUGAUGGCCAAUGGAAUGUUCCUUGAGAAACACAAGGAAUGAGUCAACAAGAUAUUUUGGAACGAAAUUAAGAAAAGAAGUUAUCCUUUUCUUUUGUGUCAAAGUUAAGAUGAUAAACAUCGAGAUAUUUUUCACUUCGUUGUGUGUUAAGAGAGGUACUAGAAUAGUAAAAAUACUUGGAAAGAAUAAUGCUCAUCAACAUAAUGAUGAGCAAAAGUUCUUAGUAGAUUCUCAUCAUAUAGUGCAUUUCUAGUAAGUUAAUUAAUUUCAAUGGAAUGUAAUACAUUAUUAGAUGUAUCUAAUACUUAAAAAUAUUAUUGGAUGAAAA